AGAGAACAAGCAAAGGUAAAGCACCCCUCUCUCUCUCUCUCUAAAACCUUAAAAAUCCCCAAAGCCCUCUCACUCUGUCUCUGUCUCUUGUCACGUAACUCCCCUCUUUCUCUCACUCUCUGUCUUUCUGUCUUUUCUCUCGUCAAUCCGAAAUUUCACAGACGCCGAUGUCGGAAUCACCGAAGCUCUCUCGGCGCACGUGACUCGCACGGCCUCGUCAGACCUCAGAAUUUUCCUGCAUUGGCUGACCUCCGUCAGCUGGUGAUCUGUGCUUUGUUUUAGCUGCAGGGUGUGUGUAAUCAAGUACAUGGGGGAUUGUGGGGUUUGGGUUGAGUGAAGCAAUUUGAAGGGGAAAGUGGAACUGGGUUUUUGUGGGUUUUGUUAGAGAUGAAAGAGGGGUUGAGAUCUGGCAAGUUCAAGGUUGAGAAAGAAAAGGGUUCUUUGAAGCAAACAGUGGUGGGAAACAAAGGGGAUGAGGAAACCCCACAUUUGGUUUUGGACGGACCGGAAUUUGAUCAUGUGGUUCAGACUGGGAAUGGUGGUGGUGUUGUUGAGAGGAAAAAGGUGAAUGGUCAAGUGCCAAUUGUUGGCAGGGUUCUGCGGUCACGGGUUGUGGCGAAUGGUGGUGGUGAGGGAGUAGGGGAGACUGGGAAGAAGAGGAGGUUGGUGGCUAAUGGGGAUGAUAAGAAGGGGAAGGAAGAAAAGGUGGGAGGUCAAGUGGGGAUUGCUGGUAGGGUUUUGCGGUCGCGGACUGUGGUCAAUGGUGGGGAGAUGGAGGAUGUGGGAGUUGCGGAGAAAAGGAAGAGGCAGAGGUUGGCUAAGAAGGGUGAAAAUGUUGUUGAUGAUGGUCUUGAGAAGAAGAAGGGGAAGGAAGAGGGGGAUGGUAAAGUGCUGAAUGCUGGCCGGGUUCUGCGGUCGCGGACUGUGGUGAAUGGUGAGUGUGAUAAGGCGGAGAGUGGUGGUGAUAAGGCAGAGAGUGGUGGUGAUAUGGCGGAGAGAGGUGGUGAUAAGGCGGAGAGUGAUGGUGGUAAGGCAGAGAGUAAUGGUGAUAUGGCGGAGAGCGGUGGUGAUAAGGCGGAGAGUGCUGGUGGUAAGGCGGAGAGUAUGGCGGAGAAUGGUGGUGAUAAGACAGAGAGUCACGGUAAUAAGUCAGAGAGUGAUGGUGUUAAGACAGAGAGUAAUGGUGAUAGGGCAGAGAGUGAUAGUGAUAUGGGUGAGAAAGAAAAUGUGGAAGUAGCUGAGUUUGGGAAGAAAAGUAGGUUGGUUGGUAAUGGUGGUGGCGUGGAGAAAAAGAAGGUGAAGGAAACAGAGGUGGGUGGUAAAGCUCCAGUUGCUGGUCGGGUUCUGCGGUCACAGACUGUGGUGAAUGGUGGAUUUAUGGCAGAGACUGAUGGUGCUCUGGUUAGGGAAAGUAGACAGAAGGAUGUGUCUCACAAGAAGUUCAGUGAUGUGAAAAAUGAAGGACAGGAUCAGUUGGUUACAGGGUUUACAAAGAAGUUGAAAGGUAAGCGUGGGAGACCACCCAAGGUGAGAAAAGAAGAAAGUGGGAGGUCGGGUGAUGGACUCAGGAAGUUGAAAGGUAAGCGUGGGAGACCACCCAAGGUGAGAAAAGAAGAAAGUGGGAGGUCGAGUGAUGGACUCAGGAAGUUGAAAGGUAAGCGUGGGAGACCGGUGAAAAAAGAAAGAGAAGAGAUUGAUCUCUUGGAUGGUCGGCUGAGAAAGAAGUUAAGAUCUGGGCAGAAUAGUAGUGAGAAUUUGAAAGGAAAUCUUGACGAGGAAGGAAAUGUGUACUUCAAAAGAAAAUCGGGUUCAAAGUCACAAGAAGGAGUGAAACCAAGUACAGUAACUAAUGAUUCAUACCUGGAAGGGAAGAGGAUUAGGAAAGAAUUGGAUGUAAAGGCCUCUUCUCAAGUUAAAAGGGAUAAAAAAGGAAGAUAUGUGGAGAGUGAGGACAGUGAGGAUGGGGAUGAACAUAAAGCACAGAAACUAAAACAAAGCGGAGAUAAUAAACAGAGAAGCAAUUCGAAGGAUGGCAUACGUGAGCUAAAACAGUCAGUGAGUGAAAAAAUAGUGAAAAUGAUUCUGGCUGCAGGCUGGACGGUUGAGCGUAGGCAGAGGAAUGGCAGAGAGUACAUGGAUGCGGUGUAUGUAUGUCCAGCCGGAAAGACUCACUGGUCAGUAACCAAGGCUUACAAUGCUUUUAAAGUGGGUUGUGAAAAUGGCGAUCCAAUGACUUGUAAGGACAGUUUCAAAUUUACGCCGAUACCACCAGAGGAACUCAGUAUGCUACAGAGGAUAGUUAAUAAAAAGGUGGGGAAAUAUAAGAAGAAGAAGAAGAAGGGAAAGGGUAAAGGACAGGGAAACAGUAAUGGAAAGCAGAAGGCAAAGGAUGGGGAUGUAUCGGAUGAAGGGAUUGAAGAGAGGAGGAAAAGAAACUGGGUAAGUCACAAAGGGAAACAUUUGCUUCUUGAGAAGGAUGCAUCAACAAGUACAGCAUGCGAGGGAGAGCUGCGUUUGGUCCAGCGUCAGAAGCGGCAGAAGACUCAGAAUAGAAAGCGAUGUGCUUUGUUAGUUCGCAACUCUGAGAAUGUGGAUUCUGAAAAUGAUGGCUACAUACCAUAUGAUGGGAAGAGAACAGUACUUGCCUGGAUGGUUGACUUGGGAACCCUGUCACUUAAUUCAAAGUUGAAGUACAUGAACAAGAGGAAGAGAAAAGUGCUGCUUGAGGGUAAAAUUGCAAGAGAUGGAAUUCAUUGUGGUUGCUGUGACAAAACCAUCUCACUUUCAGAAUUUGUAACUCAUACCGGAAGUGAUUAUUCUGAGCCUCUUAGAUAUAUAUUGACAGACUCUGGGUCUUCCCUUUUGCAAUGCCUGCUAAACUCAUGGAAUAAACAGGAAGAGUCUGAACGUCGGGGAUUCCACUUUGUAGAGGUUACUAAGGAAGACCCAAAUGAUGAUACAUGUGGGAUCUGUGGAGAUGGAGGAGAUUUGAUCUGUUGUGACGGUUGUCCAUCAACAUUCCAUAAAAGUUGCUUGGAGAUAAAGAAGUUCCCAUCUGGUGACUGGCACUGUGUAUACUGCUCAUGCAAAUUCUGUGGGAUGUUUGAUGAGAAUAUGUGUCAAAGGGACAGUAGUGAGAAUGUAGUUGCGUCAGCAUUACUUACCUGCCAUUUGUGUGAGGAAAAAUAUCAUCGAUGCUGUAUUCAGGCAAAGGAUGCUGUAAAUGGUGAUUCCAGCAGUCCAUCCUUCUGCGCAAAGAAUUGCCAAGAGCUAUUUGUGAAACUGGAGAGGCUUCUUGGAGUUAGACAUGAAGUGGAAGAAGGGUUUUCAUUGACUCUCCUUCGCCGAUUUGAUGUGGGUGAUACACCACAGAAGGUUGAUUGCAACUCAAAGCUAAUUGAAUGCAAUGCCAAACUGGCUGUUGCAUUUUUAAUAAUGGAUGAGUGUUUUCUGCCUAUGGUUGACCAGAGAAGUGGAGUCAAUCUGAUCCAUAACAUUCUCUAUAAUCGUGGGUCAAAUUUUAACCGAUUGAAUUAUGGUGGUUUCUUCACUGCAAUUCUAGAGAGGGGUGAUGAGAUCAUAUCUGCCGCAACCAUCAGAAUCCAUGGAAACUAUCUAGCAGAGAUGCCAUUUAUUGGAACCCGCUAUAUGUAUAGGCGUCAAGGAAUGUGCCGCCGGCUUCUAAGUGCGAUUGAAUCUGCUCUCUGCUCUCUGAAAGUUGAAAGAUUGGUCAUACCUGCAAUCUCAGAACUGACAGAAACGUGGACUUCUGUUUUUGGUUUUAAGUCCCUUGAAGAAUCAAGUAAGCAGAAGAUGAAGAACAUGAAUAUCUUGGUUUUCCCUGGUGUAGAUAUCUUACAGAAACCAUUGUUGAACCAGUUAACAGAAAAAAACGAGAGUCCUGUGAAAGGUUUGAGUUUUGCCAAUCUCGAGCAUCACAAAACCAUUAAGGAUGUGGUAUGUAAUACUGAAGAGGGACGUUUGGCUCGAACUGACAGUGAAGCAACUGCACCUUGUGUGCAUGAAGGAAAUGAUGAGCUUGCUGCUGUUCAAUCCAGCACACAGCUUCUCUGUGAUGUUUCUCGUGAUAAUCUGGAGAGCAAGACCAAUACCAUCCCAAUUCCUACUGAUUCAGUGUGUGAUGUUCUUGAACCAACCAAAGAGAUAAAUGAAUGCCAAAAUUCUGCCUCUGUUGCUGAUGUGAGGGCAUUGGAAUUGGUCACCAAACAGAACCAGCCGGAGCUGUUAUGCGAUACUGCUGAGGGUUUCUUGGCUGGAUCAGAUGCUGAGGCAACUGCAUCCUUUAAACACAAGGCAAAUGAUGAACUUGUUGCUGUUCAAUCUGAUACACAGCUUCCUUCUGGUGUUUCACAUGAUAAUGUGGAGGGGGAAAACAAUUCUAUGACAAUUCCUACUGGUCCAAUUAUUGAUGCUCAUGAACAAACUGAAGAUACACAGCUUCUUUGUGGUGUUUCUCAUGAUAACCGGGAGGUAAACAAUACUCUGACAAUUCCUACUGAUUCAAUUAGUGACGGUCAUGAACAAACUGAAGAGAGAAAUGAACAUCAAAAUUCAGACUCUGUUCCUGAUGUCAAGGAAGUGGAAUUGGGCACCAAACAGAACCAAUAUAGCAUGUCUAAAGUGGAAAGGAAAUCUGAUCUUCAUCCUGAAGGUACUGAUUCUGCUAUAGAAGUUCGUUGUGCUUUAGGGGAGGGUACUGAAAACAUUGACCGUAAGGUGAGAAUGGAACCUGACAUCGUUAAACCCUUUGCUUCAUAUGAAGAAUUUUUUUGCCCAUGUACUGAAAAUAAUGCUACUGAACUGCAGAAUGUAUCUUUAGUUCAUGAAGCCAACGUUUCCAGUGAAAAUAGUGUUCGCACUGGUUCAGAGAUUACAACUCAGAUAUCUCAUGAUGCAAGGGACCAUAGGCAUUAUGAUUCUCAACAUCUGCAGGUUGAAGGAUCUAUUUUCUGUUCAGAUGAAAAGCUGCUUGAGACUUUUGAAGUGGAGAAUAACCAUUCUUUUAUUCAGCACACUUCUAUAGUGACUGAAGGGGUGCAUCCAGAAUCUAUCAAGUGUUCCGACUCUAGAAUUCUGACCAAAACUGGCAAGGUAGCCAGUGAUGGAUUUCACCAGGCUGCUGCGUUGACUCAUGAAGAAGCAGAUGAUUCUAAAGGUCAUUCUACAACUUUGCUGUUUGGUAGCAGCAUUAUUUGUACCUCUGGCAAUGGGAAGAACACUCACAAAGUUGUCUCAACUCCAGCUGACAACAAUUCUCAUCCUUCUUGUGGGGCUAAUAUCAAUAGUAAUGGGAAUUCCAAUGCCCCUGAUGUCCCUGGUGUCUACUUCACUUCCAAUGGCGCUCAUAUGAGCACCAAGUCCUUGCAGCAAUCUGAUUUUGAUUCUGAUAUUGAUAAUAACAGUAUCAGACAGCCCAACUCGAGCAAUACAUGUGCAUCUGGUGGGGGCAACUCCUUUGGUCCUUCAGAGGUGACAAUUUUAUCAAACCAGGGCCAGGCUAGUUGAUCUUAUGUUUAUACACUGACAGGAGGCUUCUGGUAGCAGUCUCUAACAGGAGAGUAACGUUAUUGAAAAAUUGAUAGCUCAUUUUUGUUGUUGUUAGAAGAAAAGAACUACAGUUUUCGGUUCCUCAUUGUUAGGUGGUGAAACGUCAAACACCUGGUUAUGGUCGUUUUCAUAUCAUUCCCAUCGUAGUGUUGGAAGUAAAUAUAUAAUUCCGUUACCCAUACACAGUUGCUAGCUUAGUGCAGUGGCAGGAUUAGAAGUUAGACGCCUUGGAGGGCUGUGUUUCUUUGGCCUCUAGGUGCUUUUUGUAUAUGAAAACUAUCCAUUGCUUGAACUUGAAAACAGAACUUCAUUCUUAUGCUUUA